AUGGGCCCUCUCCUCCCGUCCGCCCUCGUCCUCCUGCUGGCCCUGGGAGCCGCGUCUCCGGCCUCGGUGGGGAACCCCGAGGAUUACACCGCGGACGAAGUGGAGCGGACCAACGGCGACAACAUGGUCUUCGACGACUACCGGGGGAAAGGAUGCGUGGACGACAGUGGCUUCGUCUACAAGCUCGCGGAGCGCUUCUACCCGGGACACUCGAACUGUCCGUGCGUGUGCACGGAGGACGGCCCGGUGUGCGACCAGCCCGAGUGCCCCAAACUGCACCCCAAGUGCACCAAAGUGGAGCACAACGGCUGCUGCCCCGAGUGCAAGGAGGUUAAAAACUUUUGCGAAUACCGGGGGAAAACGUACAAGAUCCUGGAGGAAUUCAAGGGUUCCCCAUCAGAUGAGGAAGGCACCAUCCCCCCCGACACGGCAGCCGGUGUGCCUCUGCAAUCAAGAACCAGGAGCUAUAGGCCGUCACCCUGUGAGUGGUGCCGCUGCGAGCCAAAUAACGAGGUGCACUGCGUGGUGUCGGACUGCGCCGUGCCGGAGUGCGUCAACCCCGUGUACGAGCCGGAGCAGUGCUGCCCCAUCUGUAAAAACGGUCCAAAUUGCUUCGCCGGAACCACGAUCAUCCCAGCCGGAAUUGAGGUAAAGGUGGACGACUGCACCAUCUGCCGCUGCCACAACGGAGACUGGUGGAAGCCGGCACAGUGCUGGCGGCGGGAGUGCCUCAACGGCCAGUCGUUGUCAUAG